ACGUGAGAGUCAGCCAGUCUGUGACACAGUAAUACAAGAUGGAUUCCAGCGCCCAUAAAUUCUAUCCUGUACACGGCUUUGAUUCUAGAGAAUUACUGGAAACAUAUUUUUCUAACAAACAAGAAAUGGGCUUUUUAGAUGAUACAAUGAAAUUUCCAAUGGAAUGUUUACACCGUGCUUUCAGUGAUGGUCACAUUAAGGGAGACCUUUUGAUUGACAUCAGUAUUGGAUCCAUCAUUCAUCAUCUCUAUACAGCCAGUGGAUAUUUCAAAGAGAUCCUUGUGCUGAAGUGCUCUGAGCAAUGUAUUAUGGAGCUGAACAAAUGGAUUAACACACGUACCGGAGCAUUUGAUUGGUCUCACAUAAUGACAUAUAUUAAAUGCCUAGAAGGAAAUGGUGACCUAUGUCAGGACAAAGACAUAACGUUGAAGACAACAAUAACAAAGACAGUGAAAUGUGACUUUGACAAAGAGAAUCUGACAGACCCGGAGGUGCUCCCACCAGCAGACUGUGUCAUCAGUGUAGUGCUGUUAGAAUUAAUCAGCAAAGACCAAGAUGAUUAUAUAAGGAAUUUUAGGAACUUUACGAAGCUACUGAAGCCUGAAGGACAUCUGCUAAUAAUUGGAGUUUUAAAUGCAUCUUUUGUCACUAUUGGGCCGGACAGAGUACAUAUUUUGAAAUAUAAUGAGAACUUUGUAAGAAAAGUUCUUGCUGAUGAGGGGUUCAUUAUGGACGACUGUGCAGUCCAGAAAAGAACAUCAGUGAGUGACCUUACUGACUUUGAGUCAGCUAUAUUUAUCAUGGCUCACAGACAGUAACAAGGGCCUGGUUCUGAGUCUCAUGUUGUGCAGUUGAGCAUUUUUUGUUUUUACUGUGCAUGCAUCUAAAUUGCAGCACACAUGCAUCCUGAUUGUGUUUGUACAGGGUUGUAGUAGCAAUUUUAGACACAUGGUGGUAUCAGGGCCAGAUUAACAAUGGGGCAGAUGGAGCUCCAGCUCCAGGACUCCAUAGAAAAAUAGGCCCUUCAUCAUGGUGGCCUGACCAUCACCAGUCACCAGCUGGUCAUAAAUUAUUAGUAUUACAUUUUAUUUCUAUUUCCCACACAAAAUGAUGUUAUUUUUCAUUUUUAACAUAUCUAGGGAGACAUUGGGAAUGAUAGUAUAGGGGGUGUACAUGUCUACAUGGCACUAGCCAUACUCAAAAAGCACUGGCCACACCCACACAGCACAGGAAACACCCCCUCUGAUUCUCAUAAUAUGCCAUUGAACAUUUUCAGCCCCAUGCUCAUGAGGCUCUUAAUCCAGCCCUUGAAGUCAGCGUCUCAGUCCGGGCACAGUCACACACACACUUGUACACUGGGAGAAGGGCUUUUACCAGCAUUAGCAUAUAGUCGCAGAUGCAACUACGGUAAAAGAAGUGGCUGCAGUGUGUGACUCAGAUCAGCCCCUAACUCUCAGAAGCAAAUAGAACAUAAAUAUACCAGAUAUUCCUUUCAGUUUGCAAAUGAUAAACCUUUAUUAAUAAUCAGAUAAAUUACCAUAAAUUUGUAUUGAGCUGACCAUAUUGAUGCUCAAACCUGAUCAACACAUAAAGUAAUUGGUAACUUUUUGCAGUUUACUGUUUGAUUAAAGAGCCUGUGAUUCAUGUGUGAUCUGUGAGUGUUUCUGUCACCCACCAGGGAUCAUUGUGGUCAUCCGCUCUGCAGACUCGUAGUUACUACAAUAACCCACAUAUCAUUUUAUUAUCCCAUGAUAUCUGACACAGAGAUGAGUAAUUGAUGAGGAUUCAUUUCACAGAGAACAAGAGACUGUUUGUGUAUUACUGUAAUGUAACCUUGUAACAUUUUUGAGUUAAAUAU